AUUAAAAUGUGUGAAGAGCGACCAAAAUUGCUCCCAAGUUUUGAUGUUCUCCUGCUCUGGCGGUUUCUGCUGCAGCACAGCGAACUCUUUACUCAGCAAGUAAAACUGACAUUGACAAUUUCCACAAGGCAGUGAAUGCUCAUCACCAGAAGCGCAUGCAGGCGCAGUUGCAGUGUUUCAGACACAGGAUCAAGGUGUUCAGAAUCUUCAAUUUGACUAAUACAGACGCGCAAUUCGGAAUUGAAUGUUGUAGCCGGCGUUUGGGAGGGCAAUUUCAUAUGUCAAAGACAAGCGCUUUGAAAGCUGAAGUCAUGCACGGAAGACCGAGUUUUAAUCAGUGGACACUCGAGUUAGGAGAGUAGCUGUGUCCCCCAUGUUGAAUUCUGCUUAAGCAUAGUGAGUGCAUCGGGGCAAGUCAUGCAAAGCUCUAAGCAUUGCCCUAGGUGUGCCUAAGACGACAUUUCUGACAAUUCACAGAUUGAAACAUGAACGGCGACUACCCUGAGGCUCUCAGAGACUCAUUUGCUGGACCAGCUGGCAAUGUGCGUGUUCUGGUGAUUGGUGAUGAAGGGGUGGGGAAGACGUCUCUUGUCCACCUGUUGACAGAAGGCCAGCCAAUUAGCAGGCCAAGAGUGACCAUAGGAUGUAAUGUCAGUGUAAAGUACUUUGAGUACAGUGCCGGCAGCAUGGGGCUCCCGGGGGGCCCCGACUCCUCCCCCCAUCGCACUUUCUUCAUCGAACUUUGGGAUGUCACGGGCGCCCCCCAGUACCAUGCUGCGCGGCCCAUUUUCUACCAGCGUAUAAAUGGGGUUAUCGCCGUGCACGACUUAACCAACCGGCGAACCCGCACUAACCUGCACCGCUGGACCUCCGAAGUCGCUUCUCUCGGCACCUUUUCCGCCCCCUCUCCGGAAGCGACAUUUCCAGGGGGGUUACCAGUCCCUUUACUAAUCAUCGGAAACAAAUCGGACAGCCGAAAAUGGGAUUCACAAACGGGGGGGCGGAUCUCCCUGCCAAACAGCCCCCUGAAGCGGGUGGCGUCGAAGAUUGGGACUAUGGCGGGCCAGCUCGAAGCACGGCUGAGCGGGUUUCCAGAUGAUGAGAGCGCGGCUCCGCUGACGAAAAAGGCAACGAAAUGGGCCGCAAAGCUGGGGGAGUAUGUGAACGGGGCAAACGGGCAUGACCUGCCGCGAGCAGACGGCACGAGCUCGUGGACCGGACUGUUGACGAGCGCGAAAACGGGGAAGCUGGACGUGGGUGCCGUGAAUGCAUUCUUUUACGAGUUGAUUAGGCGACGAUAUUUCGCAUCCGAGAUGGACACGAGGCAACCGGCCACGUCUGUGCCGCCCGUCUUUCCCUCCCUAGCGUCCGGCUCGGACCUUGACACUCUAGCGGACGGCGAAGCGUCCGUUCCUUCAGGCACGCACGCGUCAAGGUUGGUCUCAGAAACACAAGUAGGCUCCUCCACCCGCGAGGGACCCUAUUCCCUGCCCCCGCCGCCGGGGCGGAUCCGCACGUCUAGUUCAGGACACCUGGAGAUCAGUCCGGACAAGGUUCCGGAGCCGUCCACAUUACUUAGUCCGCACGUGCCCCACAAUGGGAGCACCCUCAGCCGAAAGCCCUCUUUGCCCCUAGUAGAUCCUGGUUAAGCUCUGUGAUGUGUCUUAUACCGUAACUUUAUUGCUAGCGCGCAAUCUUUGAUGCAUCCUGGCUCCUGACUGGACAAUCUGGCUCGCAAGUCGUCAAAGAAGAGGGGCACUGCAUACAUCCAAGGUAAGUUAGAUACUCUCUGAGCUGGGGCAACGCUCAGACUCUGGAUCGCUUUGCCGCAUUUGUAAAGGACAAUCUUGCAAAUAAGGGGCUUCGAUUCAAGUGCGUUCGGCUGUGCUCCAGCAUCCGUCAUAGAAAUCAGUAAGGCAUUUAAUCAGCGGCGGAACUCCAAUAUUGUUGCGUGACCCCAUAUUCUGUGCUUCUGCGCGCAUUGAACUGAGAUGGCG